AUGGCCGCCGCCGGCGCGGCCGCCGGCGAGCUCUCCGGCAGGACCGUCCUCGAGCUCGGUGCCUCCCUCGUCGUCCUCACCGCCGCCCUCCUCGGCGCCUCCCUCGCCGUCCUCACCGACCUCCCGCCGCUCCUCCCCGUCCUCCGCGUCAACGCCGCCGCCAACGGCGUUGCAGACCGCGUGCAGGUGCGGGAGCUGGUUUGGGGAUCCGCCGCCGGUGCAUCGCCGGAGGAGACCGCCGACGUGGUCCUCCUCUCCGACGUGUUCUACGACCCAGCGGCGAUGGCGCCACUAGCGAGCACUCUCAGGACGGUUUGCAGGGAGGAGACCCGGAUAUGGGCGGCGAGCGAGGUGAGGGAAUCGAUCUACAGUUGCCCGGAUUUGUUGAAGGAGGAGGGUUGCCGAAGGUCGGAGUUGCCGGCUGUGAACCGGCGGCUGCUUCGCUCGCCGGAGGAGAGCUCGGAGUUCGCCGUCUUCAUCAUCUCCCCACCCGCUCCCCGAGGAGAAGGGGCGAGUGACCAUAAGGUGCCCGCUAAAAUGCCACAAUUAAAGUCAACUUAA